UGAGAACUAGGUAAUCAAUUAACCGAGUGCACUCUAUUUAUGACUAUCCCUAAACUGAAUAGUAAUCAAGGUUGACGAAUUAAUCAUGCCAUAUCGUGUUAUAUCAUUUGAUCAAAUAUUAGCUUUCUCAUAUGGAAUAAAUGGAACUCAAAACUGAGUAGAAAUCAUACGACUGGAAAAAAUGCUUAGGGGAUUGAAAAAGUGAAGGUCACAAGACAGCCAACACGUUAAUAACUUGGAGGCUAGGCCAAAAAGGUAAGUUAGCUGAUAAAGUUGUUAACCUUCAUCGACAGUUAUCAAAAAAGAAUAACACCCAGAAAAAAACCUGGAACCAUUUCCAUUCUGCUGUAAAAGCAGCAUCAAAGACCUAUUUAACUUUCAAAAAACGAUGGAGGCAGAUAACGACAUAAAUAACCAUUACAGCGAUGUGUGUGAUUCUUUCGAUCGUAUGAAUUUGAAGGAGAAUCUUCUGCGUGGAAUAUUUGCCUAUGGAUUCGAAAAACCUUCAGCCAUUCAGCAAAGAGCUAUCCUUCCAUCUAUCGAGGGGCGUAAUGUUAUAGCUCAGGCCCAGUCUGGCACUGGUAAAACAGCAACAUUUAGUAUUGCAAUCCUACAACAAAUCUGUACUACAGAUCCUCGUUGCCAAGCUUUGGUACUGGCACCAACUAGAGAACUAGCAAAACAGAUUCAAAUGGUGGUUCUGGCGCUCGGUGAUUAUAUGGAUAUUAGUUGUCAUGUUUGCAUCGGUGGUACACAAGUGUCAGCAGAUAUGGAACAACUCCAAAUGGGUCAACAAAUUGUAGUCGGUACACCUGGACGUGUAUUGGAUAUGAUAAAUCGAGGCUGUCUACGUACACAGACUAUUAAAAGUUUUGUACUAGAUGAAGCGGAUGAAAUGCUUAGUUUGGGGUUUAAAGAUCAAAUUCAAGAAAUUUUUCGUUCCCUUGAUCCAGCUGUUCAAGUCAUAUUACUAUCUGCAACAAUUCCGAAUGAAGUCCUUGAAAUAACAAAACACUUUAUGCGAAAUCCUGUACGUAUAUUAUUGAAACAAGAUGAAUUAACACUGGAGGGUAUACGUCAGUUUUAUGUUAAUGUUGAACAAGAAGAAUGGAAAUUAGAAACAUUAUGCGAUUUAUAUCAAACAAUAACGAUAACACAAGCUGUGAUUUUUUGUAAUUCACGUCGAAAAGUUGAAUGGUUAACAAAUGAAUUGAUUGAACGUGAUUUUAUCGUCUCAGCAAUGCACGGUGAAAUGGAGCAAAUUGAACGUGAUAAUAUUAUGGCUGCAUUUCGAAGUGGUUCAAGUCGUAUACUGAUUUCAACGGAUUUACUAUCACGUGGUAUAGAUGUCCAACAGAUAUCACUUGUAAUCAAUUUUGAUUUACCAACAAAUUUAGAAAGUUAUAUCCAUCGAAUUGGGCGUGGAGGUCGUUUUGGUCGUAAAGGAGUUGCUAUCAAUUUUGUCACUUUAACUGAUCAACGUAUACUUAAAGAUUUGGAGAAUUUUUAUAGUACUAAAAUUACUGAACUUCCAAUUGAUGUUGCCAAUUUGUUUUGAUGAAAUGUGCAAAAUAUAAGAGUAUUUCGUUUUUGUAAAACAGAAAUAUAUAUGAGAUAUGUGUUGUUCUUGAUAAUAAAUGGGAACCUAUAUCCGCAUCGAUUGUUGGAUAGUAAAAUUUAUCUCAAGUUUCAUUUUCAUAUCUUUCUCUUUUUUUUUUGUUUUGUGGUAAAUUGUUAAUCCCCAGACAAGUGUAUAAAAUUAUGGUGCAUCGAAUGGUUUUACCUUUUCUCUAUACGUGUAAAGUUAACCUAGUAGGUAUCCAUUUUAAGGUUAUUUAUUAUCUUAACUUCGUUUAGUCUCUUUCACCUUUUGUUCACAAAUGUAUAAUGUAAUUACUAUUUGUUAUUUUGUAACUUAUGCGUUUUAUUUUCUGUCUGAUAAACUUUACUUCUUCUAUGUAUUAUUGUGUUCAGUGUUUCGUUUACUAAUUCAUUCAUAUUAUGGAUGUUUCUACUCUUAACUACAAUUAUUUGUAAACUUUUUAGAUCAGUUGUCCAACUACUCAGUGGAUUUCGUCAACUGCUUGUACAACCGAUUAUUAUUCUUAUCUGAACCCUUUUUAAAAAGAUUUUUUUCCCCCAUCAAUCACCUUUGUAGCAGGUAAUAUUCAUCUCAUGUUUUGAAAAAUUGUAGUAUUAGUUGAUUCUUGAUUUUCUUUUCAAACUUUUGUAAAAUGAAGCUGACACAUAGGUAGUGUUCAUGAAAAAUUAUAAUAAACUUUGUAUUUAUUUACUUUCCCUUUCUGUGUUCAAAUGUGAUUACUUUUAAAAUAAUUUAAAAGAUAAGAUUAUUUCCCUUUAUAAACUUCGACAAAACAAUAAGAGGAUGUGAAUUGUUUGAACUGUGUAAUGUAUUUGCGCAACACAUUUAGAACAAUCUGAUCACAAACACAUACUUGUCAUAGCUGAGAAUGUGAAAAGAGGUGAAAUAGGAAGGCUGAAUUAAAGGCCAAAUAACAAUAAAAAUCAAUGGAACGAAAAUAAUUGCACAUCGAAAUUCCUUUCAGAGUUGAAUUCACCAAGAAAGAUUUAGUGUGAUAACAAAUUGUUUUUAAACUUCACGAUAGCUCUAAGGCGUCAAUAAACAUAAGGAUCUGUCCUCAACCCGUUUUGUAAAUAGGUCUAAAGGCUGUAGAAACGUCAAUCCUAUGACCUGUCUCUACGUUAUGUUUCACGAUAGAAGAAGUCGAACAUCUGCAACCGAAGUUUAUGGGUUCAGGGGAUCGAAUUUGCUUUUGAAGAUACUGUGGAAUAUGGCUGGACGCCCUUCUAUGGAUCUAUGUGUCUUUCCUAUGUAUGUGUCACCGCAUGUACAUUUGAACUGGUAAAUGCAGUAGGAUGUAACAUUGUCGGUCACAUGCUCUACUGGUUUGGGAGAACAUACAGGCUUGACUGCAUAGUAAUUCCUUCUAACAGCAUCAUUAAGUCUCUGAUUAAGGAUUACUCUAUGAGAGUUAGCUUUAUAGGGAGACUGAUGAAGACAUCUUCCUUCGGGACCAAGUAAAGAGUCGGUUUUGGCGCUCUAGUUAUUUUCUGCUGGCAAAUAAAUUUUGAUGAUAGUUGUUUUCCCAUUAUGUAUGUGAUCAGAUUGUUGAAAAUGUAUUGCACAAAUAAAUACAUUACACGUUUCAGAUAAUUCAGGUCUUGUUAUUCUUUCGUCAGUAAAAUUGUUGAAGUUAUGCAUGAAUAUGGUGAUGUCUCAACUCCCUCUUUCUUGAUUGUUUACUGUUUUUUUCACCCUACAGAACAUCCGUCUGUAGGUUGCUAGUUCGCUCCACUUCUACGUACGCAUUCUGAUUUCCUUCAUAUUCCUCUCGUCUUGUUUAUUUAUUUAGAACCAUUACGGUUAAAUAGAACCUCGCCCGGUUAACUAGUUACUAGCCAGUCCUAAGCCAGGGUGAAGAGAGAUCGGGCGUAGGGCUACCCCGUAAAACCAGUCAAUCGCUAUAGAAACUUCAAAGCACAGACAAAAUAUAAAAACUAAAAACAAACUUAUUCCUCGCUGGAAUCGGAGAGAAAGCGAAAGUAAACAUGGGGACAUGAAAUGUCUGCACUAUGUUUGAACCUAGCAAGGCCGCCCAGAUUGCAAAGGAGAUAAGAAGGUAUAGCACUGAAGUGCUAGGAAUCUGCGAAAGCAGAUGGACUGCAAGUGGACUCUCCAAACUAUCAACUGGAGAGUCAAUAAUCUACUCCGGUCACCAUCAACGGGAGGAACUUAAAGGAAGUAACCUCCUUCACCCAUCUAGGCAGCACUGUUUCAACUACAGGCGCCACAGGCACAGAUGAGGACGUCAAAACCAGGAUAGGAAAAGCAAGACAGGCGUUCACUAACCUGAAAUCAGUGUGGAGAUCUUCUGCACUCAGCAUAAAGCGUGAACAAGAUCCGGAUUUACAACAACAACGUCAAGUCAGUGCUUCUGUAUGGCUCAGAGACUUGGCGCGUCACGAAAGGGAUUCCCAAUAAACUACAGACAUCAACAACUGCCUACGCUGGCUCGUUACUGAAGCUCAGAUGGCCAGAAAGAAUAAGCAAGGAGGAACUCUGGCUGGCUGGUUGACAACGAACCAACCAAGAACAUAUUGCUCAACAAAUAUGCAGAAGGAAGUGGAGAUGGAUUGGGCAUACACUGAGAAGGCCGACUGGGGACAUCACGCGUCAGACAAGGCCCUCGAGUGGUACCCCGAUGAGAAACGACGAGUUGGGUGUCCGAGGAGAAAGUGACAUGGAGGAGGUCGUGCGAGGAGGAAAUGAGAGCUUGUGGAACCAGGUUCAAAAGCUUUCAGAGAACAGAGCGCAUUGAAGACGUGCUACUGAAGCCCUAUGCUCCAUUAGGAACCCAAGGGACAAAUAAUACGACUAAAUAGGGAAUAUAUUUAGGAGGAACAUAGAAACAAGUUUGUGUAGAGACUAAGUGGAAGUUUUACUAGGUAAAAAAGCAUUCCUCGUAUUCUGAAUAUCGAAAUUUUUGAAAGCUAACAGUUAGAACAUAAUUACUUUACAUGAGCAAAUAAGCAGUUUUCAUCUUCCUGUCGUUUUCAUAUGCAUGAAACAUUUUUCAAUAUAUUUGCCUCUCUCUUGUCCAACUUAUUCUUCUAUUUGUGUAAAAACCUACUAUUAGUUCUUGCAUAUUUAUUCCCCUAAUCCGUGUUUUCAACUAUUUAAUGUCGGUGUUAUCUAUAUUUCAAGUCGACAACUGUGUAUUAGAAUGCUCCAAGUGUGUAAACAUUUGCAUAAAUUAGCGUUAUUGAUUGUAUUACACCAUCGUUGAUUGGACCUAAUUGAUGAGUCUCUGUUGGCAUAUGGGCUCUUGUGCGGGUGCCUCGAUAUUGCCUGUUUUUUAAUUAUGUAUACUAAUGAUGAUCAGUUUUUAGCAGUGGAAUUCAAGAUGCGCAUUUCGUCCUAUUUGGGACUCAUCGGCUGGAUAUACCUGCCUCCCAGUGAGUGACGUUGUUUCCACCGAGACAUUGAUGUUGAGGUUGCUUUAAGUGUAAUAUCUUUGGUUUGUAAUGCAAACACGUAUAUAAUAGCUUCAGCAUCAUAGUAAGCAAGUACAUGUUUAUUUAGGUACUUAUUCCAUGUUUAGAGAAGGCAUUCAAUCUUAUUCAAACAGCCUACCAACAACAGCUUGAAGAGUAAAUGUAUUUUCAUAAUCGAAAUAUUUUGUUUAGCUUUGAAACUAGAAGCAAUCAGUUCCUAUUCUGAUGAAGCAAUACGACGUAAUUUGUUUGAACAAUGUUUUUUAUCCACGCAAUACAUUCCAGACAAUCUGAUCACUCGUUUUUCCCAUGGUGAAGACAGCAAAACUAGACCAUCAGAUACUGCUGAUAGGAAGACUACAAACACUUGUGAUAACACUUCAAAACAUUACAAUAAGGUCACAAUUUGCACAACCCAGUGUGUUCUGCUCAAAAUACAUGCCAGUCGAUAUCUGCUAACUUGACGUCGUGGUCAGAGACGCAAAUCACAAUGACCCAAAGCGCUACACUGGCUGGAACGCUUGUUCUACCAUGCCAGAAAAGUCUUUUGGAUAGUGGUCAGAUAAAAGGUAGUUACCGUUGUAGUGUAAAUUGCUAUACUAUGAUGGCGACUCUGAGAGCGUAGUCAUACUGCUGGCUGGAUAGAAUGUGACGGCAGUAACGUGUUUCCUUUGAGUGACUAGUAAUGCCACACCGGAGCCAUCUUCCCUACGUGAAGGGAGGGUUAGAAAAGGUUGGUCACAAAAAUAGCACGCUCCUCCCUUCCCAACGGUCUUCCGGUCACAGCGGUAUGGGUUUCCUCUACACAGUGUUAAAACAAACAAAAGACUGCAUGUGGCAGGCCUCAAGCGGAUAUCUAACGGACUCAACAGAUUUUCCCUUUCAGGUACUUUAAAAAGAAAUGGCUUUUCACGAUGUGGGUAGCCUGCGAAUGUCAAACAUCCACACGCUCUCGUCAGUAAAUGAGGUGCAAUCAAAAGUAACCUCUCCUUCAUUUGCCUUCACUUCCGGACACCAAUAUUAAGCCUGUUACACCUUCCUUAACUUCACACUCUGUGACCAUUACCAACGAUCAAAGCCAUCGAAACACCGCUCGUAAAACCACCUCAUCAUUUUGGAGCUUUCAAAGUUCAAAUUCUAUGCUAAAUCGGACAGGAGGCAUCGCUCACCAGAACUGAGGAAUC